GCUCAUACAGAUAAAGAAGAAAAGGAUACAAACGGCUGGUACCUUAACGUCCUGAAUGGUGUCGCAAUCCUAAUUCUGAUAAUCGCAAUUGGCCUGUUGGUAAUUUGGUGUCGACGGAGAUCAGGUAAAAAAGAUACAGCAACCGCGAAGGGUGACGAAGAGGCAGAACUGGAAGUUGUGAUGAGACCUAAAGUGCCUGUGGAUAGUGAAGACAAAUGUACCACUGCUCCACAAAACGAUCGCUCUAAAGAUCCUGUGGGCGUAGUGUAAAUGAAAGACUUCCGUAGACCCUAACUAUGUUUUCUGGAUUUAGAGUGUCACGUCUUUGAGGAAACUCUUAUAAGAGCCCUCUUUAGACGCUUGAAUAUUUCCGCCGUAACUUAACGCGAUAUCAAGAGAUCCUUCCUUAGUACUUCACUCAAUAUUUGAAAUGUCUUUUUAAGUUAAUUUUUAAAGUGGCGACCUUAACUUAAAGGGGAAUAUUGAUGAAAAUCCACGCAGAGCGAUAAGCUCCAUCAACUUACGGUCUUGAAGCAAUUCAAUUUUAAAAGUGGAUCUCCACAUCCAGAAACGUUGUUAACGAAUUGAGAAAAGAUAUCAUGUAAGUGAGCAAAACUGCCGCUCAACGAGUCGGUGUCUCCGAGAUCAAUUCACGAGAAGUUAAACGUUAUCAAUAUUUAUUUCAAGGUUUAAUUUACAAUGCUCUUCUUUUGACUUUAAAACAAUGUAUGUAUUAUAUAAAUUAUCCGAUGAGCUGCUAAAGCUAUCAAAGGGUAUCUAUCGCGCAUUCUAUUUAUUAAGGAAAUUGGGUUUCCUAUAUAUGCCAGCUUCCGCUUCAUGCAAGUAGACCAUGUAGACAUUUCCUAUCAAGGCUCAGGCUUAAAACAAAUGAAUAACUCGCGUGAUCUAAUGAGUUUGACAAUAUUUUGAAAAACAUAAAGUAAGAGACGAGACGAAACUUUCUUUUAAUCUGUUUUCAUAAUUUUGCAUUUUCACAAACAGGUGUAUUUCUUCGCGUGUACAACCAGCCUUCUUACGUGAGACAUACCAAUAAAGAUUCACUAGCCUUUCUGUUAAUGAUUUGAUGAAACAUCUAGAUCGAUUACUCGGCAGGCAAGACAGCUUAUUAUUUUUCCCAUCCGCACUGUAAUAAAUAAUUGGCUUCAGCCUUUAUUCAUUACAUGCCACCUAUAUGCAAGGAGAAUUUGGCUCCCUUUCACAUUUUUUCCAUUUCUUUCGAAAUUUCUCCCCGUAGAGCAAAUUGUUGUUAUCCUCUCUGUCACUGGUCAUCUCUGGUCAUACAUAUGGGAAAGGAAAAUUAAAAGGGUUGGAAUGAGAUCGAGAGUAGCAAAUGUUUUUGGUCUGUCCACAGCACUAAAUUAACUCACUCUUGCCAAGUUCUUUCC